UCUUCCUUUCAAAGUCCAAUUUCUCCCCCUCUCUCUCUCUCUCUCUCCUCUAUAUAUCUCUAUACAAAACUAUAUCAUUCAUUAGAAAAAAACACAACAAAAACUCUCAUCAAAAUCAUUAUACUAGCCACUAUUAUAUAGUUUGUAAAUUAAUUAUUCGACACAAAAAAAUGAUUCCAAAUCCUCAAGAAUCAUCAAUUUUACUCCAAAGAAUCACUUCCAACAAUCCUUCUAAUUGUAACAAACAAUCCCACCAAUCACUACAGCGCCACACACCAAUACCAUGCACCGAAGAGGUACCAGAUUCCGUCGUCAAAUAUCACGCGCAUCUAGUGGGACCCAACCAGUGCUGCUCCGCCGCGAUCCAGCGGAUAUCAGCACCGGUAUCCACCGUAUGGUCCGUCGUCCGUCGAUUCGACAACCCUCAAGCGUACAAACACUUUGUCAAGAGCUGCCAUCUCAUCGACGGAGACGGUAACGUAGGCACUCUUCGUGAAGUCCGAGUUAUCUCCGGGCUGCCAGCUGUCAACAGCACGGAGAGACUGGAAAUACUUGACGAAGAGCGCCACGUUAUUAGUUUUAGCGUAGUCGGUGGGGACCACCGACUCGCGAAUUAUAAAUCUGUUACUACUUUACAUCCGGAACCUUUAGGUAAUGGGACGAUCGUUGUGGAAUCGUACGUUGUUGAUGUACCAAAGGGGAAUACUAGAGAUGAGACAUGUGUUUUUGUUGGUACUAUUGUAAAAUGUAAUCUUCAAUCGUUGAAACAGAUCGCGGAGAAUUCUAGUAGAUGAAAUGUUUCGUGAAAUUAAUUGAGGUCGGUCAAUGAUACUUGUAUGAUCGAUAUUAUGCAUCGAAGUUUUUUUUUUUUUUGGGGUAUGAUGAUUUGAAAAAUCAUUGCACCUUUUUAGCUAAUGUUGUUCAUCAUUUGUUGAAGAUAAAUUCAUGGUUAGAAUUAAUUUCUUUCUA